AGCCGUGCCAUUGAGUGCGGCUCCCUCACGGAGCCGCGCCUUUGAAUGUGGCUUCUUGACAGAGCCGCGCCAUUGACAAUUGGCGUAUGCGGCUCCCACACGAAGCCGCGCCAUUAUCGAAUGGCGUACGGCUCCCAACAAUUAAGUCCUUGUUAGUGGAUAUAAUAUUGAUAAAUACCAGUUGUCUAUGUUAAUAAGUCACUCUUUGAUUAAUUGUAUGUAUGUAUGUAUGUAUUUAUUUAGGUUUUUCAAGACAGGCUUUCUCUGUGUAACAGCCCUGAGGACUUGACACCCUCUCCCUGCCACCCGGCUACUUGUUCGGCCCUUCUGAGACUGUGCCACCAUUCUCUGGCAGAAUGAAUGCUCUCGAUGGUGUCCCCUUCAAGGUGCCCAAGGGCUUUGUGAUGGACACAGAGCCCCACCCUGUGCCUGAGCUCAGCGUCCGGGACUGCAGAGAGCUCCUGUUGGGCACAAUGUAUGACUUCAGCCUGGAAAAGAAGGCUCUCUUCUGGGUGGAAGCAGCCAUCCAAGGAUCUUGCUCUCAUCCAUGCAAUGACCCGGGGAUUGCAUCAGCACCUCCAGCCUGGUUCUUACUGGUCAGUCCAAAAUACAGUCAGGUGCCUGAACCUGUCGACAUCAGAGACCCAGAGGCUGGACUGCAAGAACCUCCUGAGAAGGAGGAGGAGGAUGAGGAAGAUGCUUCUUCUGACAGCAAGGAGGAGAUGGACUCCAGCAGCCCUCAGCCUGGCUCCCCUACAAGCCAUCGUCGCUGUUCCCUAGAUGUGCUGCGGAACAUGAGGUCUGAGCUGGCUGAUGCCAGGCGGCGCCUCUCGGAGAGUAGACUAGCCACAUGUCCUCGAGCCCUCCUGCAUCGUUUCCGCGGCCACCGCACACUGAGCCUGAGUGCCAGCCCGGCUCCAGCCCCUGGCCCAGCACCGCAGCCCCCCAACAUCUCCGAGCUGCCUCCACGACCCUCCACCGCUGGUGCCAUGCCUCCAUUGCGGAGCCACAAGCCCACAGUUGCUUCCCUCAGCCCAUACACCUGCUUGCCACCUCUUAGGGAGACACCCCAGCCCCUCGUCUCCUGUAGGCUGCAUCCUGAUUCAGCACCUGACCUGCUGUCUGCCCUGACCAAAGAGGAGCAAGACCUCAUCGGGCCAGUGGUCGCCUUGGGCUAUCCCCUGGGAAGAGCCAUCUUGGCACUGCAGAAGACAGGGAGACAGAGCCUGAGCCAGUUUCUUGGCUACCUCAGUGCCUGUGAUCGGCUGCUGCGGCAGGGCUACGAUGAGGCGCUGGUGGACGAGGCCAUGGAGAUGUUCCAGUUCUCUGAGCAUCAGGCAGGGGAGUUCCUGCGCCUCUGGCAGCAGUUCAGUGACAUGGGCUUCCAGCAAGACCGGAUCAAAGAGGUGCUGUUGGUCCACGGCAAUCAGCGUGAACAAGCUCUGGAGGAGCUGGUAGCCUGUGCCCAGUGACAAGCCAGGACACUGUUUGAUGCAUGGCUGACGGUGAAGUACCAGAACUGCCACCCAUCCCAACUGUAUCAGAAGAUAAUGCCACUGGUAGUGGCAUUCUUCUUUAGUCCUAGCACUAGGGCUGCAGAGGCAGGUAGAUCUCCGAGUUCAAGGCCAUCCUGGUCUACACAGUGAGUUCUAGGACAGCUA